AUGCUUUCAGUGGAAGUGCGGGCCGACAGCUUCACGUGCCCUCUAAACGACUUCGCCGAGAUGUUCUUUGAACCGCCGGAAGAUGGCAACCUAUGCUCUGUUGAUAUCACUACCGGAGCCGAGGUACAAUUCCGCAAAUGCUGCGGUAAACCUCUGGGGCAUGCUCGCGAGCCUUACGACAGGUGCUGGGCCAUUUGCAAUUACACGACCCCUGUGGACGAAGAUGAGGGCGACGAGGACUUGAAAAGGCUGAGUCGAUGUGUCAAGGCCGAGUUGGCCAACGUCAAUCGAAGCGGGCUCGAUAUCGGCAUGCAGUGCUGGACUGGAGCAGGUGUCGGGCGGGCGGAGAAGAAACAUUCAGGAGUAGCGGCAUCGGGGCACAGCAGUGUCCGCUUGAUUGGUAUACUACUACUGCCCAUGAUUGCAGCCCAAUUAUUGUGA